AUGGAACUCAAUUACAGUUCAGUCUUUAAUUUACCAUUUUUCUUUUUAAAGAAUCUUGGUUUAUGGCAGUCAAAAUCAUCAUGGAAAAUUUACCGAUCUUACGGCUUUAUUCUUUAUUUGAUCUUUUUGGGACUUCCUUUGGUUUGUCAUACAAAAUUUUUCUUUUACAUUGUUAAAAAUGGUACAAUCGCCGAUAUUUCUCACGCCAUUAACAUUUUAUUUUCAUUAUAUGGAACACUUUUCAAGACAUUCUGGUUCGUUAUAAAGUUAGAAAGUAUUAAGGAGAUGCUGGAAGUUAUUUCAACUGAUCAUAAGACUCAUCAACCACGUAAAACUUUCUUAAAUAAUUUUUCCUCCUAUGGAAAUAUUAUGAAAGUUGUUAAAUUUUAUUAUGGUUCAGCAUUGUGGGCGGUAUUAAUGGCUUCUUUAAAUUCUGUUAUUCAUUACAAGAGAAAGGAAGUGAUAUACGAGACUUGGUGGUUUUGGGACUACAAAAGCAAUGACAACUACGUCUAUUGGCCUUUUCUCUGUUAUCAAAUAUUGUUGAUUCUCUAUGGAUGUUUAGUUAAUUACAGCAUCGAUAUUAUUCCGGUUCUGUUCAUGAACUUUGCGUCGAUGAUGUUGAAUAAUUUGUCAGACAAAAUAAGUGUUAAAAACAAUGUGAAGGAAAAUGAAGUGAAAGAUAUUAAAGAGAUCAAAAACCUCGUUGAAUAUCACAAAAAAAUUAAACAAUUCACCGAUGACAUUUCGACUCACACUACAUUUGUUUUCUUCAUUCAAACUUUCAUAAGUUCGUUCAUCUUGUGUGCUUGCACAUUUCUUAUAACAACGACAUCACCGAUUAAUAACACAUCAGAAUUUAUGAGAACUUUUCUUUAUGGCUGUUCGAUGCUGUUUCAAAUAUUUCUUCCCUGUUAUUAUGGAAACGAAGUAUCAGCUACAUCGGAUAAAAUAUCAACGUCAUUGUUUCAUUCAAAUUGGGAAGGAAGAUCCAAAAAGUAUCGGAAAAGUGUUGAAAUAAUCAUGGAAAACUUGAAACAUUCGAUCAAAAUCAGGUUUAAUAAUUUCAUAACAAUAGACUUUGGAACAUUUACAAAGAUUUGUAAUUAUGCUUACUCACUCUACGCUGUUUUUCAGAAAGUCAAUGUCAAAUAA